CGAAUCCCAUACUGCCCCGCGACCGGAAGGAGGAGCCAUGGCUUCCGGAGCCUCCCCCGACACUCGGGGCUGUUCCUCUGUCAGACUGCUGGCGAUUUAGUGUCUCUGCUUGUUAUGGCCGCUGCCGUCGCUAUGGAGACAGAUGAUGCUGGAAAUCGACUUCGGUUUCAGUUGGAGUUGGAAUUUGUACAGUGUUUAGCCAACCCAAAUUACCUUAAUUUUCUUGCCCAAAGAGGUUACUUCAAAGACAAAGCUUUUGUUAAUUAUCUUAAGUACUUGCUUUACUGGAAAGAACCAGAAUAUGCCAAGUAUCUAAAGUACCCUCAGUGUUUACAUAUGUUAGAACUGCUCCAAUAUGAACACUUUCGAAAGGAGCUGGUGAAUGCUCAGUGUGCGAAAUUCAUUGACGAACAGCAGAUUCUACACUGGCAACACUAUUCUCGGAAGCGGAUGCGCCUUCAACAAGCCCUGGCAGAACAGCAACAGCAAAAUAACACGUCAGGAAAAUGAAAAGCUGGAAACAGAUCAGGCUCUUAAAACUAUAUAUAAUGUAUUUCCAUUAUACAGUGAAGACAAAACAAGAGACUUCCUGCCUACCUUUAUCGUGGUAGCAUCUGGAUACUUUAGUGUGCUUUUAAAUCCAGCUAACUUUUUAUUGUUAAUACAUUAUUUCUGUUAAGCCAAACUUGUUCUACUUUGAUUUCCGGAUGGAUUUGUAAAUUUUUAUUAACAUUUAACAGAAUCAAGAAAGAAUGGAAAUGUUAGGUGCAGGGGAUUGGGCUAUCAAAUGUAAUUAACUCUAAGCCUAUUUCAUGACUUACAAUAGUCCCUGGGGCAAGUCCUCUCUUGAAUCUUUUUAUCUCUUGGAUCACCUUUUCCACCCCUCUUAUCUACUGAAAGAAAGGACUAGAGUGGAGGACCUCUUGUUAAAUCACAAAGCAAAAAUCCCAUAAAGGUUUUUACAUUCUAUAGGAAAGGAAAUACUUUGCCAGAUUUUUUUAGUUGUAGUUGGACACAAUACCUUUAUUUCAUUCAUUUACUUUUAUGUGGUGCUGAGGAUCAAACCCAGGGCCCCAUGCGCCCCAUGCCCCACGCAUGCUAGGUGAAUGCUCUACCGCUGAGCCACAAUCCCAGCAGCCAGAUAGCAACUUUAAGAAAGAAUUGUUAGUAUGUCACUGACCUAGUGAAAGGUAUGGAGAAGAUUGGUGUUUGGACUCUUGACCUCAAGUUUGAACAAAGAUGAGCCUCAAAUGCUUGUGUUCAUUUGGGAAAGUUAAUAUUUGGCCAGUACUACAAAACCACAUGCACCUUAAAUGCUGCCUUGCAUUCUCAUUGAUCCUUAUUUGUAAAGGAGGAAAAAAGCUAUUAAGCACUAAAAUCAGUGUGUCUGACUCACAUUCUAGAGUUCUUAUAACUAUGUUAUCUGGUCUCCAGUCUUCCUCAAGUGAAGCACAUUCACACAGCUAUAAAACAGAACUGCCUGAAUUAAGCAGCUGGAUUAGAUUCAUGCUGUACUUUCUCUAAGUGGUUAAAUUCUACAUUCCAAAAGCAAAGAAGUGGUUUUAAAAAUAUCUAUUGUUCUGCAAAUUCAUGGAAUUUAAGAUCCUAAUCCCUUCAGAGAUUUGGAAGUUGUCUAUUUUUUUAACCUCCAAUAAUAUAUUCCUUUGAACUAUGA